AUGUUCAUACAUUUGCCCUCAGCUCUUCAACUGUACCAUCAAGUGUUUUCUGUUUCAGGAGCCAAAACAAAAAGCUGUUGACAUUAUAAAGAACAAAGAUAGCCUUCCAAAACAUUUUGUUUGACAGAAACAAACAAAGCGAAGCACCAAUAUCAAUCAAUCAACAGACAAACAAACCCAGGAACGUGAAUGUCAGCAGAAGUCAACGGAAACACGUUUCCCUGACUGUUAAUGUAAACAGAGUUGUUUCCUUCAUGGCCCAAGGACGAAAUAUUUGGUUUCCAAAACACACGUGUCAGGUUUAAUUAAAAAUAAAAUAACAAUUCUUUCUUUCCUAACGUCUUGCUGACGUCUUGCGUGGACCAGCCCCGUGACGCGUUCGCUUCAUUUCUCCCGCAGAGGAGGAGGCGGAGUGGAGAGGAGGGAAGAGGAGAGGAAAAGAGCGCAGUGCAUUAACUAGGUAAACAGAGCAGUGUUAGUUCACAACACGGACCGACAUCUCAGCUCAUUGACGGAUCCGGCUUCGUUUUCACUAUUCUACGCUUUGAGCGAACGGUUAAACCCGUCGUUUCUACCUUGCGAACCUAACGCUCCCACCUCUACGUCGGUCCGUCGCACCUGCCUCCGGGCAUGGACAACAAAGACUGAUCCCAGCGAGACGUAAACACAGUGCGGCUGCACCAGGCCCGGACGGAACCGAGCCAAGAAAGAGAUAAUAUUAAAAUAUUAUUAUUUAAUCCAAGAACCUGUCAAAGUAGGUGUGUGUGUCUGGCUGUCUGCGCCUCCAUGUUGGAUGCCGAACGGCUCUGUUUAAUUAUAGCAACACUUGUGUUCGUCCUAACUCCGGGAGCAGACGCUGUUCGUGUCGAUCCGUGUUUUCACUGAUUCAUCGACAUCUCUGUCAUCACAGUUUGACAACCGCCGCGAGCUGUUCUCUAGGUUCAAUGUUAUCUUAAACACAGACAAGACGACAGAAAUAUGUGGGUCAGCCCUGAAGACGUGUUACUGGCUGGUGCCUUAUGGAUCACCGAGAGAGCGAACCCAUAUUUCAUCCUCCAGAAACGGAAGGGCCACGGGGAUGGAGGCGGAGGACUGGCUGGUUUGUUGGUUGGGACCUUGGACGUCGUUCUGGAUUCCAGCGCUCGAAUGGCACCGUACAGGAUUCUGUACCAGACUCCGGACUCUUUGAUCUACUCCAUCAUCGCUCAUGGAAGCUCCCGUAAAGAAAUCACGGAGCACUGGGAGUGGCUGGAACACAACCUGCUGCAGACACUCUCCAUCUUUGAGAAUGAAAAUGACAUCACCAACUUUGUCAAAGGAAAGGUUCAGGGCAUCAUUGCAGAAUACAACAAGAACCAGAUUGUCAAAGAGGACGACGACACGGACAAAUUCAAAGAGGCCAGUGCCAAGUUUCGCAAGAUCUUUGCGAUGCCCGAGGAGGAGAAGCUGGUGAAUUAUUAUUCCUGCAGCUACUGGAAGGGCAAGGUGCCCCGACAGGGUUGGCUGUACCUCAGCAUCAACCACCUCUGCUUCUACUCCUACAUCCUAGGAAAAGAAGCCAAACUGGUGGUGCGCUGGGCGGACAUGACCCAACUAGAGAAAAGCGCCACCCUCCUGCUGCCUGACGUCAUCAAGGUCAGCACCCGCACCAAUGAGCACGUCUUUUCCGUCUUCCUCAACAUCAACGAGACGUUCAUGCUGGCAGAGCAGUUGGCCAACAUCGCGAUGCGUCAACUUCUGGACAAUAAAGGCUUCGAACAGGACUGCUCACUUCCCAAACUGAAAAAGAAGUCGCCCAAAAAGGUGUCUGCUCUCAAGAGGGAUCUGGAUGCCAGAGCGAAGAGUGAGCGUUACAGGGCUCGGUUCCGUCUGCCUAAAGAUGAAAAACUGGACGGACACACGGACUGCACCCUGUGGACCCCCUUUAAUAAGAUGCACAUCCUGGGACAGAUGUUUGUUUCCACUAAUUACAUCUGCUUCACCAGCAAGGAGGAGACGCUGUGCAGCCUCAUUAUCCCUCUGCGUGAGGUCACCAUUGUUGAGAAAGCAGACAGUUCUAAUGUGCUGCCCAGUCCCCUGUCCAUCAGUACCAAGAAUCGCAUGACUUUUCUGUUUGCAAACCUGAAGGAUCGGGACUUCCUCGUUCAAAGGAUCUCCGACUUUCUGCAGCAGACCACCUCCAAGAUCUGCCUGGAGAGAGAACUCACGGGCAGCCUCAACAGCUCUGACGACGAGGUUUACUCCAUCCACGGGUCCAUGCUCUCCAGCAGUCCACAGCACAGUUCGGGUUCAGAGGGCGAGCGAACGUUUAACCUGAAUGACAGCAGUGUUCCCACAGCUACACAGACCCUGAUGACCAUGUACCGCCGGCGUUCACCCGAGGAGUUCAACCCAAAACUGGCGAAAGAGUUCAUGAAAGAGCAGGCGUGGAAGAACCACUUCACUGAGUACGGACAGGGUGUGUGUAUGUAUCGCACUGAGAAGACCAAGGAGCUGGUCCUCCAGGGGAUCCCUGAGAGCAUGAGGGGGGAGCUGUGGCUGCUUUUCUCCGGUGCCGUCAACGAGAUGGCCACUCACCCUGGAUACUACGAAGACCUGGUGGAGAAGUCCAUGGGGAAGUACAACCUAGCCACUGAGGAGAUAGAGAGAGACCUGCACCGCUCUCUACCUGAACAUCCGGCCUUUCAAAAUGAGAUGGGAAUCGCCGCCCUGCGGAGGGUCCUCACUGCAUACGCCUUCAGAAAUCCCAAUAUUGGAUACUGCCAGGCCAUGAAUAUCGUGACGUCGGUUUUACUGCUGUACGCUAAAGAGGAGGAGGCCUUCUGGCUGCUGGUGGCGCUGUGUGAGAUGAUGCUGCCUGACUACUACAACACCAGAGUAGUAGGAGCUCUCGUGGAUCAGGGCGUGUUUGAGGAACUCGCUCGGGAAUACGUUCCACAGCUGUACGACUGCAUGCAGGACCUGGGAGUCAUCUCCACGAUCUCCCUCUCCUGGUUCCUCACCCUGUUCCUCUCCGUCAUGCCGUUCGAGAGUGCGGUGGUGGUGGUGGACUGCUUCUUCUACGACGGCAUCAAGGUCAUCUUCCAGCUGGCGCUUUCCGUGCUGCACGCCAACAUCCACCAACUGCUGAGCUGCAAGGACGACGGUGAAGCCAUGACUGUACUGGGCAGGUACUUGGACAGUGUCACCAACAAGGACAGCACUUUACCCCCCAUCCCCCACCUCCACUCUUUACUCACUGACAACGGAGAACCACAUCCUGAGGUGGACAUCUUCAAACUGGUCCGCAGCUCAUAUGAGAAAUUUGGCUCCAUCCGUUCAGAUGUGAUCGAACAGAUGCGUUUCAAACAGAGGCUGAGAGUCAUCCAAACCAUAGAGGACACGACGAAACGCAACGUGGUCAGAACCAUUGUCACAGAGACGGCGUUCAGUAUUGAUGAGUUGGAGGAACUGUACAUGCUCUUCAAGGCGGAGCACCUGACCAGCUGUUACUGGGGCGGCAGCAGCAACCCCACGGAGCGUCACGACCCCAGCCUGCCCUACCUGGAGCAGUACCGCAUCGACGUGGAGCAGUUCAAGGGCCUGUUCAAUGUGCUCUUCUCUUGGGCGAACGGCGCCCACUCUGACCCGCUGGCCGCUCGCUUCUUCCGUCUCCUGGAUGAAAACGGGGACGCCCUCAUUAACUUCCGCGAGUUCAUCAGUGGCCUGGGUGUGCUGUGUCACGGGGAUUUGACGGAGAAACUGAAGCUCCUGUACAAGAUGCACGUCCUCCCUGACGUAGUUCAGGAGCCGGACGAGCCCGACUCGGCCUUCGAAGCCACUCAGUAUUUCUUUGAGGACAUCACUCCAGACUUGUCCAACAGUCAUGACUCCAGGUGCAGAAGUGAGAAGGAUGACGGUUUUGUCAGAGUCACAUUUAAAACCGAAAAAGUUAAGAAACUGAACACCACGGACUACCACCAUUAUCUGAAACUGUGGAACCAGGAGAGCAAAUCUAAACUAGAAAACACCAAGAACCUCCCCAAGUUGAAUCAGAGUCAGUUCAUCGAGCUGUGUAAGUCGCUCUACAGCAUGUUCAGCGAGGACGCUGCGGAGCAGGAGCUCUACCACGCCACAGCUACCGUCACCAGUUUGUUGCUGGAGAUGGGAGAGGUAGGAAAACUCUUCUCCUCCUCCUCCUCCUCCUUCAUAAGAAAGGAUCUCCUCGGUGAGACCAAGUCUGAGCUGAACACGAGCACGAGAGACGCCUCGGAGUCCAAAGACAGCCGGGAGGCGGGAGUCGACGACGCCUUUCAGCGGAGGAACCAGGAGGAGAACAAGCCGAAGACGUGCGAGGAGGAGGCGGAGAGCGAGCAGAUGGCGCUGAUGCACGACAUCAAGCUGGAGGACUCGUCCCCCAAAGACACGACCACCUCCAUGGCCAUGCUCAUCUCUGACGACGAAACCAAAGACGACACCUCCAUGUCGUCGUACUCCGUGCUCAGCGCGUGCUCCCACGAGCUGGACGAAAAGCUGCAGUGUGAAGACAUCGCAGAAGACACGGUGCUGGUGCACAGUGACCCCGGGGCUGACGGUGACAAAGGCAGCCGGCCCUCUGGGAGCGCUGGACACCUGGACAAAGGUCUGCCCCACAGCACGAGCAUCGACAAAGACUGGGCCAUCACCUUUGAGCAGUUCCUGGCCUCGGUGCUCACAGAGCAGGCCCUCGUCCACUACUUUGAGAAGCCCGUGGAGGUGGCGGCGCGCAUCACCAAUGCCAAGAAUGUGCAUGAAGUUGGGCGCCCUCUGCUGUCCUCCAGUGACUAUGAGAUCUCACUGUCUGGAUGAAGAAAGGAGAAAAGAAAAAAAAAACACAGCAACUUGCAGAAGGGAAAAAUAGUGAGGUGGUGUGACGGUGACAGGAGGUGUACAGUGUAUAUUUAUGACGGAGGAACAAAUGUGACCAAAAACGUGUACAUGUAUUUUAGCAGAUGUGAAGGACUUUUAUUAGAACAAUCACUUUUAUCCCGCUGCUGCGGCGGAACAUUAAUAUUUAAAGAUUUCCCACAUUAAACCCAUGUCCACACAUAUAAGAGCUGUAAUUUAAAUGAUAGUGAAAUAGUGUGAAUGUCGUCAAACCGUGUACUCACGUUCAUAGGCUGCGUCGAUGUAAAUGUCACCAGACUCAGUCCACCUUAUAAGUAAAGAUAUAAAUAGUGUACGAUCGUUAUGACAGCCUGAGAAAAAAAAAAUAUAUAUAUACAUAUAUAUAUAUAAACAUAUAUAUGCAUAUAUAUAUAUAUAUGAUCAGAUAAUGGCUCCCUGACUUUAUGAUUUAAGUUGCUGCUAAUAUUUUUUGUUUGUUUUUAUUUGAAUAGAGGAUUUUAUCUCGAUUCAUCCUGCGAAACGUCUUGAAGCUAAUCGUUAAUUUCGUGCAAUAUUUUACCGUGUUCACACACACAUGACUUCUCACCUCCAUAUAAUGUUCAUCAUUAUGCACUGUUGUUUUUUUUGUUUUGAAUUUUUAAAAAAAGAAAGCGAAAACAAAACUAAAAACUGUCAAAGUGCUAGAGUACGUGUACUUUCUGUGGUUCAGGAGUACUACGAAUGUAAAUAUUCUGUGAAGAGGAAGAAGUUUACACUAAGAAUCUGCUGUUGAAAAGGCUGCACUCGUCACGUUUACUACCAUCUGUUUCACUAAUGUGUAGUUUACCGUUAGCUGGUAACUGACCUAUAAACACCAACCGACAUGUUCUCCUGUUCCUUUGAUUUUUUUUUUUUUUUUUACGUUGACCUGUGAACUUUUAUACUUCUGUUUUUAAUUUGUUUUUAUGUGAUUUAUUUUUUUAAUCUCAGCUUGUUGUUAAAAUGCUAAAUUUAACUGCAUCGUGUGUCAACACCUCAAUAAAAUGACUUAAAUAGG